GCUGCUGCAGACGUCGGCUCGUCCUUUCACUACUUGGAGUGAUUUAAAGAACUCGGUGUUUGACGAGAAGAAGCUGCGGCAGGUGUGAAAAUAUGUAACUGUGACAAACAGUUCGCUGACAUCAGUGUUUUCACCGGGAGAACAAGAAGAGGAACAUGGACUCUUCUGUGGAGACAAACGCCCGGAGGAAGUUGUGGAUAGUCGGUCUCCUCUGGUGGUCGCUCGUGGUCGAACUGGCGUCGGGAGCUUCCUUCUAUGGGGAUGGCUUUGUUCAGCUCAAGGCAUCUGAGUCGUCCAACCAUAACACACUACGCGUUCGCUUCCGAACGUCCAGCACCAAUGGUCUGUUGUUUCUUGCUGCCAGCCAGACCCACCACCUCCUACUAGAGCUCCAUGCCGGUUGCCUCCAGCUGAAACUGGACCUUGGAUCUGGGGAGCAAGUGUUACAGUCUGACCAAGGAACCCAGCUCAACGAUCUGGCCUGGCACUCUGUGGAGGUCCACCAGGUGCAGCGCAACAUCACCCUGACUGUAGACAAGAACUCUCACACGAGGGUAAAGAUGCCAGGCUCCCAACAUAAUCUCAACAUCUUGGAUGGUCUCUAUGUUGGAGGUUCAGGGGGCCUCGACAGACCUUAUCUUCCCAGAGACCUGAUUGGCUUCCGAGGCUGCAUGGAGGAUGUGGUCUUCAAUGAGCAUGACUUGCUGUCAUCACUGAGGCCAUAUGCUGGAUUUAAGAAUGUCCACGAGGUAUCUUUAGGUUGCAGUCCCCAAUUCUUUGCCACUGAAGAGGACCCUAUCAGCUUCUUCAGCUCUAGGGCUUACAUUUCUCUUCCAUCCUGGAAUACCCAACAAGAAGCAGUAUUUGAGUGUGUUGUGCACACAUCAGCCAAAGAGGGGAUUAUGUUGUACAGUUCAGCCAGAGAGGGGGACUUUGUGGCUUUGGAGAUUCAGGAAGGUUUGCCUGUGGCCAUUGUUGGAAAAGCUGGAACCAAAAUUGAACUUCGUUCUCUCACCUUCAUCAAUGACAAGAAAUGGCAUUCUAUCAAGUUGCAUUUCAGUUCCAAAAGCCUUGACCUAACUGUUGAUGGAGAGAUGGUAAAAAGUAGCAUCAACUUUCGUUCAAAAGGGAUUCAGCUCAAAGGUUAUCUUUUUAUUGGAGGUAUAGAUGACAGCACCAGAUCAGAAGCCAGAAAAGUUGGACUUGUGUCUGUGUCUGGAAAGCGUGUUAGAGGAGGUUCCUUCAAAGGUUGUUUGAAGAACAUUGUGGUUAGUGGAAUGAAGAUAGGUCUUUCUAAUGCUUUGGUCACCAAGGAUAUCUCAGUAGGUUGUGAGCCAGAGAAAGAACCAGAACCAUCAACCACAGUGAGUCCAACAGGGGCUCCAGGACCCCUUCUUCACUUGGUGACACCGACACCGUCAUUUCACAUGUCUACCCUCGCAAGGGGUUUGGACAGCAGGUAUGGCUCCAAUUUUGUUCAGCUCAGGAACCUUGUGGUGCAGGAAGGUGGUCGGGCGUCUCUUGAUGCCAAACACAUUAAGAUACUCCUGGACUUCAAGAAGCUUGGCAUUCGGCAGUCUCAGAUUAUGUUUCGAAUCGUAGAGCAACCAAUUCGUGGACAGAUGAGGCUUGAUGUGGAUCCAGACCAGGAGGAGAACACUUUCAGCAUGUUGGACCUUUGGCACGGACGAGUGAUGUAUAUCCAUGGAGGCUCAGAGGAACAGGAUGAUUUUUUUAUGUUUUCUAUUUAUUCUAGCAGUAGAAAGCAAGUUCCUGAUUAUCUGAAGGACAACAAAUUGCACCGUUAUAACAUUACUGUGACACCAACCAAUGAUGCACCUGAGUUGAGUCUCCCUGAAGGAAACCUCUUUGUCCUGUUGGAGAACUCAAAGAAACGCCUCACCACAGAUGUUCUGAAGGCAACAGACAUUGAUAGCAGCUAUGACGACCUUGUCUUCUCUGUACUUGGGAACCUGAAUGCCGACGCAGGAUAUUUGGAAAUGGAAAACAAGCCUGGCAAAGCAGUGACCUCAUUCUCAUAUUCAGACCUGGAGGAUCUCAGGGUGUGCUAUGUUCACACAGGAGUUAGAAACUCAAGGAUAGUUCUCAGAGUUAGCGAUGGGGAAAGGGUCAGCAACACUGUGGUUCUAAGGGUCAUGGCUGUAGCACUGGAGUAUAAGAUUGCCAACAAUACAGGUCUUGAGGUUAUUCAAGGAGAUGCAGUUAUAAUUAGUUCAAAGCAUCUAGGAGUGCAAACCAAUGCUGUGAAACAAAUGGUUGACAUCCGUUAUGAUAUCAUUGAACCCCCUCAGUAUGGAGAACUUCAAAGGCUUCACUCAAGUGGUGAAUGGAGACCUACUGACUCAUUUUCCCAAAGGCUGUUAGAAAAAGAACGCCUGAGGUAUGUUAGCACUUUUCAAGAUAUCCAGACAUCUAAUGCCACUGAUUACUUCAAGUGCAAAGUUAAUGUGGCCGCAAGGGCAGCCACUGAAAUACUCUUUUCAAUUUCUGUGAAAUGGGUGAAGUACCAUCUAGUGAAGAAUAUUAUGAUAGACUUGGAUAAAGUUAGAAAAGUAACGCUGGACUCUGAGCAUAUUUUUGCCACAGCGGAGGGUGUGGUCCUCUCAGAGGAUGACCUUUAUUUUCGGGUUCUCACCACCCCAAAGAAAGGGAAGCUCCUGCUUGACACCACAGCCUUGAGUAAGAACUCAACUUUUAGCCAAAGGGAUGUUACCAAUCUGAAACUUCAUUACGAGCUAGUUGAUAGGCCUUUCGAAGAUACAAGUGACAGGUUCAAAUUUCAGCUGGUUUCCAAACACGCUCAGUCUCAAAACUAUGAUUUCCAGUUUUCCAUUAAAGCCGAUGUCAACAGCGUGUUUAUGAGAAAUGAUGGACUCUCACUUCUGGAGGGAGAAAGUAAGCUUAUCACAAAAGAGCAUUUGUUUGCAGAAACUCUUAGCACAAAAGAUUUGUAUUACACAGUCAUAAACGGCCCCAGUCAUGGAAAGCUUGCCCGAAUCAGCCAGUCGAAUUCCAAUGCUAGCUAUGACAACAUCUUAACCUUUAGUAAUCAGGACAUAUUAGAGGAAAGGAUAAUGUAUGUACAUGAUGAUAGUGAAACAACUCAAGAUGACUUUACUUUCAUUGCCUCCAUAACCCAAGGCUUCAAAUCUUCCAUUGCAGAGGAUGACAUUGGUUCUAAAGAAGGGAUGUUUAACAUAUCUAUUAAGCUAGUCAACGAUCAUAAGCCUGUGCGUGUUAUUGAUAAAGUUUUUCAUGUUGUGCGUGAUGGACAAAGGUUACUCACUGCAGAGGAUUUGCUUUAUCAUGAUGAAGACUCGGAUUUUGAUGAUAGAGAGUUGAUUUACACUCGCCGUGGAAUCCCACUGGGAGACCUAGUUCUGGUUAAUGAUACAACCCAUCGCCUGUUCCAGUUUCGACAGCAGGAUCUGGAAGAAAAGCGGGUGUUGUUCAUCCAUAAAGGUGUGAGCACUGGCAGAUUUGUUCUCUUUGUUUCGGAUGGAAAACAUUUUGUAUCGAGCCUUUUGGACAUCAGUGCACAUGACCCUUUCUUAAAGGCUGAAAACAACACUGGUUUACUGGUUCAGAAGGGCCAGUCUGUCACCCUGUCCACCAGUAAUUUUAGUGUCAUAUCAAAUCUGGACAUUAGAGAUGACCAAGAGGUCGUUUUCAAGUUGGAUGAGGCUCCAAAGUAUGGAGGUCUUUAUCUCAGUGACACAAAAAUGAAGCUGUUCACACAGUCUGACUUAAAGAACGGACUAAUCUCCUAUCGACACAACGACAGCAAGCAUCUGGCAGACUAUUUCAACUUAACAGCGAAGGCUAAAGGUUUGCAGCUUAGGGUGAUGAUCAAUGUGAAGGUUUACCUGGAAAGUCAUCAGAGGCCACCCAUUGUGUUGCAUCACAACCCCUUACUGGUAGAAGAGGGAAAACCGGUGAGGAUUGAUGAAAGUAAACUUGAGGUCACCCACGAGGACAACCUGCCAUCUGAGAUUGUAUUCACAGUCAAGGUAGCCCCCUCUUAUGGUUUUCUGCGGCGAUUUGUUAAAGCGGAGAAUCACUACGUCGGAACCAAACAUUCUCCCGUGAAGACAUUUAACCAAGAGGACAUUAACAGAGGGAACAUUCAGUACAUGCAGGAGGAGCCCAACAAAGUCAACGACACCUUUAUCCUUGAUGCUACCAACGGGGUCACUGAUGUCGGCAACAUUAGGAUGUCUGUUGACAUCAUUCCACGUCUCAUACCACUUCAGGUCUCAAAUUUCACACUGAAUGAGGGCGCCUCCAAGGCACUGACGGAGGAUGUGCUACGAGUCACCAACCAGCACUUUUCAGGAAUCAACUUCCUGUAUACGUUGUCCGAGCCCCCACAGCACGGUCGCAUUGAACACUCGAGACAUUCUGGUGUGUCUAUAACCUCUUUCACCAGGAGGCAGGUGGAACAUGAAUUUAUUUACUACGUCCACGACAGCAGUGAAACCUUGGCUGACAACUUCACUGUGGUGGCCAAUGACUCAGGUCUGAGGAAGCAGAGUGCAGCACAGACCGUGUACAUCCAGGUUACAGCUGUCAAUGACGAGCCUCCUGUUAUUACAGCCAACAGGGUCCUCAGGGUUUGGGUGUCCUCCGUAACAGAGAUCAGACCAGAGGAUCUGAAAGUGCAGGACCUGGACAGUCCACUAGAGGAGGUCCACUUCAUGGUGACCCCACCGAGCAAUGGACACCUGGCACUGAAGAGUGCCCCCAUGAAGGCCGUGCUCAACUUCACCCAGGCACACAUAGACCAAGGACAACUGCUGUUUGUGCACAAAGGUGCCAUGUCUGGAGGAUUCAACUUUCAAGUCAAUGAUGGUGUGAAUUUCACCCCCAGGCAGAUCUUCAGCAUCACGGCCAGAGCCUUAGUACUCAAUCUAGAGAGAAACCGUCCACUCAAGGUGUUUCCAGGCUUUUCUGCACUCAUCACAAAUGAAAGUUUACAAGCGGUGACCAACGACAUCAGCAACACCUCCAGUCGCACCAUCGUGUACAGUGUGAUCCGGCAUCCGAAACUGGGGCGGCUGGUGAUGAAGCGGCCUGAUAAUUCAACGGUAGACAUCUCCACUUUCACACAAGAUAUGGUGGAUCGGAAAGAGGUCUUAUACAUUCAAACCCCCAUUGAGUCCGUGGGCUGGGAAGCCAUGGACACCAUAACAUUCUCUGUAGCAUCACCACCUGCUUCUCUCGACAAUCAGAUCUUCAAAAUAGACAUUUCCUACGAGAAUACUGGACCUGAGCACAGCACAGUCCUGCUUGCAAACACAGGUGCGACGGUAACAGAAGGAGACAGCGUCAUCCUUGAUGAGUCUAAUCUUGACGCUACUAACCUGAUGUCCAAGCUGCCGAUGCCUCAGAGGAGCUCCUAUGAGGUCUGGUUUCAGGUAACGUCUCUGCCUCGGCACGGUGUCAUCGUGGUGGGUGAAAGGAACCUCACCAAGGAGAAGCCAAACUUUUCCCAGUUCAUUAUAAACAAAUAUGGAAUCACCUACAAGCAUGACAACUCGGAGACGACACAUGAUUCGUUUGUCUUCAGUGCGUGGCUAAAUCCCAAGGGCAAAACAGCGCAGCGCCCUCAAGAUGACGAUGAUUUUGUUGAGGAGGGUUUUAAUAUCACAGUCACACCUGUGAAUGAUCAGCCACCUUUGCUAAAAACCAAAGCUCCAAGGCUGAUGGUGGUGCAGGGAGACACAGUAGCCCUCGGGCCUGAGAAUCUCAAAGUUGAAGACUUGGACAAUCCUCCUGAUGAUAUUAAGUUUUCUGUGAUCAGCAAACCAAACAAUGGUUACCUCGCUCUGGAAGGACGUUUGAACGAGUCAAUCGUGGCCUUCACUCAAGGCCAAAUCAAUAACGGAAGCGUCAAUUUCAUCCAUGAUGGAAGUUCUGCCUCGGGGGUUUUCUAUUUUAGUGUCACAGAUGGUCAUCAUAAACCAAUAUAUAAACUCUUCAACCUAGAAGUGAUAGAAAUCACCAUUUCUCUGGUCAACUCCACUGGAUUGACCCUAGAGCAAGGGAAGACGUCAGUGUUACUGACCCGGGACAAUCUCGCUGCUGCUACCAAUGGGAAGAACAUCUCGAUUCACUACCAGAUUACGAGGCCUCCAAACUUUGGCAAAAUUCUAAUGGAAAACCAAGAGGUUACUCAGUUCGAACAGGAAGAUCUACAGAGCGGAAAGUUGUCCUACCAUAUGAUCUCCCUGUCCUCUGUGGAAGACAGCUUUGAGUUCACUGCCUUUACUUCGGAAGCAAAUCUGACUGACCAAGUGUGCAACAUAACCGUCACACCUUUAGUCCAGGUGGGCAAAGACUUGAGGAUCCCCAAUGGAAUUCCUGUCAAACUCAGCACUAGUUUUCUUAAUGCUACUGAACUAGCUACUAUCAGCAAUAGUGACCCUGUCUUUGAAAUGAUUGCCCAUCCUAAGUACGGGAAGGUGGUUCAGACGAAGCAUAAAAUGUCCACAAAAGCAGGACCAGCUGAAUCUUUCACCUUUCAGGACGUGAUACAGGGGAAAGUCUCCUUGGAGCUGAACGCCAACAUGACCGGAGUUCAAGAGCUGAAUGACUCGCUGGUGUUUCUACUGAGAGCUGAUGACAUUCAACCUGCUAAAGGGGAGUUACACUUCACAGUUUUGCCAUAUGAUCCAGUACUUUUUCCUACCACAACAAGUCCUGUCCCGACCACAUCAUUGGUCCCCCAUACGCCAAUCCACACUUCCAGAAAUGGUACUGCCGGUCCAGUCCUGUCUACAGUUUUCCUGUCCACCCAACAACCAAGCAAAAACCAGCAAAAGUUCAAGGGACGCAACCGCUGGGGAAACUCCAAUAGAACAAUUUACAGUACAACUGUUGGCAAAACGACACGUGGAGCAGAGGAUUUCCCCUUAAGGAACACCCCAGUACGUGUAGAGUCCUACCCUCAGAAAACCUCAAAUCCACUCUUGGUGAUCCUGCCACUGCUGGCCCUGCUGCUGCUUGUAAUCAUCUUUGUAGUCCUGGUUGUGUAUCUACGGCAUCACAGGCAAAGGAAGAUGAGCACUGCUGCACCAAAGGAGCCGCCUUUCCCCGGUCCUCCAGAUGGUGACUUCUAUCAAGGCCAAACCCAGAGGAGCACAGCAGUUCCCAUGGUGACUAUUACGCCAUUAAACCCCAGCUGCCCCAGCAGUCCUGUUCUUGAUCGAUUAUUGAUUACAAAUCACGGCUCAGGGUAUAACACCGUUGAUUCAGACAUGUUCUUAAGUUCUUGGAGCAAUGGCUCCCCUGCAGCGUCGUCCCAAAUUAUUAGGACCGCCACGCCAACUCUUCAGAAGAAUCAGUAUUGGGUGUGAUCACUAAACAAGCUAUAUGUUUUGGAGGCUCACUGUUACAGGUUUUGAUUACACAACAUUAAAAAUGUCGCUGUGUACUUAACCCUCUUAUGACCGUCAU